AUGUUUCGCAGCCAGUAUGAUAGCGACAUCACGACGUGGUCACCUCAGGGCCGCCUGUACCAAAUUGAAUUCGCCAUGGAGGCUGUGAAGCAGGGCAGCGCGUGCGUCGGGCUGCGAUCGAAGACACACGCUGUGCUCGUGACGCUGAAGCGAUCGUCGGGCCAACUGGCUUCGUACCAGAAGAAGAUCUUCAAGAUCGACGAUCACAUGGCGAUCGCCAUUGCAGGCCUCACAUCCGAUGCACGCGUUCUCUGCCGCUACAUGCAAACGGAGGCGCUCAACCACAAGUACGUGUACGAGAGCCCCGUGCAGGUCGGCCGCCUUGUGCUGCGCGUUGCGGAUAAAUCACAGAAGAACACCCAGCGAUACGGAAGCAGGCCUUACGGCGUCGGUCUCCUUGUGGCUGGCUACGACCAAACCGGCGCGCACCUGUACGAGACGUGCCCGUCUGGCAACUACUUUGAGUACAAGGCGCAGGCCAUCGGUGCUCGCGCGCAAUCGGCCAGGACCUACCUUGAGAAGAAGUUCCCUGAGUUCGAGGAUUGCACGCUUGCCGAGCUGAUCAGGCAUGGUCUGACUGCUCUCGGCGAAACCAUCGGCUCGCAGGAAGAGAUCGGCCUCACACCCGAAAAUACUUCGGUGGCUAUUGUGGGUGAGAACCAGAGCUUCAAGCUGAUCGAGGGAUCUGAGCUGAAGCCCUACCUCGACUCUGUGGAUGAGGAAGGUCAGGCCCAGACGAUGGAGUCCUGA